AUGGUUCCCCUCCACUCAGCCAUCACGAGAGGCAAGAUCAGAGUCACCUGUAUGCAUUACCGCCGCUUCCACCCCAAGGUCGUACUGAAGCAUGCCAUCAGGUUGCACCGAGUGAAACGUUCAACCUACGACGAUCUUUCGGCUUUGCCGCCCGUUCCCAACGCCACGGUGUCCACCUCCUACUCCGCUCUCUAUCCCCGCCACGCUAUCAACACCACCGCGGACCCGUCCCGAGGCUCGAUCCCCGCCCCUAACCCGAGCGGGACCGCGUGUUCGCCGCAGCAAGUUGCCGACCUCACCGACUCCCGAAACGUGAAGCGAGUCACAUUCGAGGUCGACGAGACGGAAGAACAGACGCCCGCAGUCUCCAUUCAGCAGCGCAAGACGAACGCGCCUUCGUUCGCAGAGUCGCGGCGCGCAGCGGCAAGCUCUGCUCCCACGACCCCGGCGCGGCACCAAAUCCUGGAGCUCAUCAGCUCGAACCAGGCCACAGGAUUGCCUUUGUCGAAGCCCGACGCGAUGAUUGUGAAGGCAAAAGAAUUCUCUGCUCGACGAGCCUGUGAACUGGCGGAAGCAGCAGCUGGGCGACACGCUCAGCUGACGAGUCGUGAAGGCAAAGGUGCACCGAAGAUCAUGAUCGCUCUACUGGGCAAGGACGACCUUUACCCGCUGGCGCAUCUGAUGAACAGUAGCUAG